AUGAAUGUAGUGAUGCUGCGUCGAUCCGCCGUGGUGAUAACCGCUAAGCAGAGUUUGGGUCGAUUUACGCCCAUUGCAUUCAGCGACAGUGUACGUGGAUUUGCAAAUGUUCCUGCACAGGGCAAGCCGGACCCGAAGUCAACGUGGAGCGAAGUGAUCGAGAAGAUGUCGAACACCUUUUUUCUCUCGGACGUUUUUCGUGCUACCUGGUUAGCAUGGGAGAUGCACGUCGAGCGCAAAGUCACAAUCAAUUACCCAUUUGAGAAAGGAAUGCUUAGCCCACGUUUUCGUGGAGAACAUGCACUGCGUCGUUACCCGAGCGGAGAGGAGCGAUGCAUUGCUUGCAAGCUUUGUGAAGCUAUUUGUCCUGCUCAGGCCAUUACUAUUGAAGCGGAACCGCGUGCGGAUGGAGCGCGUCGUACCACGCGUUAUGACAUCGACAUGACAAAGUGCAUUUACUGCGGAUUUUGUCAGGAGGCGUGUCCUGUUGACGCUAUCGUUGAAGGCCCGAACUUCGAAUUUGCCACCGAAACUCACGAAGAAUUGCUGUAUGACAAGGCCAAGUUGUUGGAAAAUGGCGACAAGUGGGAGUUUGAGAUUGCUAAGAAUCUUUCGGUCGAGCAACUCUAUCGUUAA